GCUGCCAAUUCGGAACUAUACCCGGUUUCAGACCGGCUGAAUUGUAGUGUAAACCAACUUUUGCUGUGUUGCAUGCCCUUUUUUCCCCUUUCUCACAAGGUGUUACUUCGCCGAAUACUCUCUGAAGUCUUGAAUUCACUCUGAACCCUUUCAAGCUACCCCAUACUCCACUCUACUUUAUAAGGACGACAGAUAUGCAGAAAAUAGAGCCUUCCUGUGGAGCAAGUCCAAGAUUUUGAAGGCUGAAUAACUAUUUUUUUGUUAGACACUGUGAGAUCUGGGGAUACUUUUUCCUGUGUUUUGGUCUGAGGGGAAGAAGCAUACUCCCGUGUGUGCACCUAUUUCUCAGGAUGGCAAAACCCCGAAGGAUAUGAAAAGGGAACAGGGGCUUGUGUGCGGAACUUCAGAGCAGAAAAAGUCUUUUGUCUUCAGGUUACCCAGCACAGUUGGAAUGGAAGUGACAAUGAAGAUGAGCAUGGAAUGCAGAUGGAUUGGUCAAGUCGACAAGUUCGCAGUGUAGAUCUUUUUCCUUCCAGUUUCACCCGAGGGGACUUGUGGGGGCCUGAUGGAUUACAGUGGUGCCUACGAGUUCCUGAGAUGAAUCCAGAGGCUAAAUACACCACCACCACCACCACCACCACCACCACCACCACCAGCACUAGCACCAGCGGCAGCGGCCAGAUCUGGAAGCAUCUGCUCUGGGGAGGAAUCUGAGAAGCUCACCGGACACCAGACAUCCAUCACAGUGACAAUUCAGGGGAGAUCCACCAUGGACUUGUUAUGGCGUGGCAUUAGAGCGAGCCUGUGCUUCUUCUGAACCGCACUGUGUAGCACCCACUCACCUCUCUUCCACCCACCAUCCCCCUCCCAUGUCCCAUCUGUCUCUGAAUCAUGGAGAUUUUGUGGAAGACGUUGACAUGGACUCUGAGCCUGGUGGUCAUGGCUGCUACAGAAUCUCCGACCUCCCAGACGCUUUCCCACAGCUCUCAAGAGGAGUUCCUGUCCUUCCUGGACCACUACCAGCUGACGGUGCCCGUGCGGGUGGAUGAGAACGGGGACUUCCUCAGCUACUCCCUGAAGCACCGCCGGCCGGGCCGACGCCGACGGGGCGCCCCCCACCCGCCCGCGGGGAGCCUGGGCCCGGGCCACACAGAGCCCACGGAGCACGCCCCGGAGACCCAGCUCUUCUACAGACUGUCGGCCUACGGAAAGCACUUUUACCUGAACCUCACCCUGAACCCCCAUCUGGUGUCCAAACACUUCACGGUGGAGUACUGGGGGAGAGGGGGCCUGGAGUGGAGGCACGACCUGAUGGAUAGCUGCCACUACGUGGGCUUCCUCCAGAACCAGAACGGCACUACCCGGGUGGCGCUUAGCAACUGCAAAGGGCUGCAUGGCGUAAUCACAACAGAAGACGAGCAGUAUGUAAUAGAGCCAUUGAAGAACGCGUCCUCCAACGCCUCCAGAGAGUGGAUCCUGGACCAGGCACAGCAACACGUUAUUUAUAAAAUGUCUGCCCUCUCCACACCGCAAGAGCACAGCCAGGAGUUCAGCUGUGGCAUUUCAGACCCCGUGAAGUGCAGUACACCCUGCUCCAAAAGCGCCCCGUCGUCUCCUGCCCUUCAAAAUAACAGCGCGGAUGGGAACUCCACCAGCAGACACCGUCGCUCAGUCAGCUCCGAGCGCUUCGUUGAGACCCUCGUGGUGGCGGAUAAGAUGAUGGUCGGCUACCACGGCCGCAAGGACAUCGAGCACUAUAUCCUGUCCGUAAUGAAUAUUGUUGCCAAACUUUAUCGUGAUGCCAGUCUAGGGAAUGUUGUGAACAUUAUCGUGACCAGACUAAUAGUUCUCACAGAAGACCAGCCUAACCUGGAGAUCAACCACCAUGCCGAUAAGUCCUUGGACAGCUUCUGCAAGUGGCAAAAGUCCAUCCUCUCUCACCAUGGAGAUGGAAACAGCAUUCCGGAACACGGAAUGGCCCAUCAUGACAACGCUGUGCUUAUCACUCGGUAUGACAUUUGCACCUACAAGAACAAGCCCUGUGGAACUCUGGGUAAGUGUUAUUUACUAUACGUAAGAAAAAGAGGCUUCACCGUCAUCAUUUAUGAGAUUUCACUAAUGCUCUACCUCAGCGGCCAAUGGUAUGAAUAUGUAUAUGUGCCCACACUGCUCUUCCCUGCUCAUGUGAUCCGCGCUGAGCCCUGCAGGCACCACAGUAUAUCUUGGAGACCAGGCCCCACCCUCAGCCUCCCCUUCCCUUCCUCGGGGCCCCUGUGGUGCUUCCAGGGGGAGUGUGUGGGGUUCGGCACCUGGCCCCAGAGCGUGGACGGAGGCUGGGGCCCCUGGUCCACGUGGGGGGAGUGCAGUCGGACCUGUGGUGGGGGCGUAUCGUCCUCCAUGAGGCACUGUGACAGCCCAGCCCCCUCUGGAGGAGGAGGAAAGUAUUGUCUUGGAGAGAGAAAGCGCUACAGAUCCUGUAACACAGACACCUGUCUGGCGGGAUCCCGAGAUUUCCGGGAGAAGCAGUGCGCUGACUUUGACAGCAUGUCCUUUCGUGGGAAGUAUUACAACUGGAAGCCCUACACUGGAGGCGGCGUGAAGCCCUGUGCACUCAACUGUCUGGCGGAGGGCUACAACUUCUACACCGAGCGCUCCCCGGCCGUCAUAGACGGGACGCGUUGCCAGGCCGACUCCCUGGACAUCUGCAUCAACGGAGAAUGCAAGCAUGUGGGCUGUGACAACAUCCUGGGCUCGGACGCCAAGGAGGACCGCUGCCGUGUGUGUGGAGCAGACGGCAGCACAUGUGAAGCCACUGAGGGCCUGUUCAACGAUUCCCUACCGCGAGGAGGCUACAUGGAGGUGGUUCAGAUACCAAAGGGCUCGGUCCACAUCGAAAUCAAAGAGGUCGGCAUGUCCAAGAACUACAUCGCGCUGAAAUCGGAGGGAGAUGACUACUACAUCAACGGGGCUUGGACCAUAGACUGGCCCCGGAAGUUCGACAUCGCCGGCACCUCCUUCCACUACCGACGGCCCUCCGACGAACCCGAGUCCCUCGAGGCGCUGGGGGCCACCACCGAGGUCCUGGUUGUCAUGGUGCUGCUCCAGGAGCAGAACCAGGGCAUCCGCUACAAGUUCAACGUGCCCAUCCAGCGUACGGGGAGCGGGGACAACGAGGUGGGCUUCACCUGGUACCACCAGCCCUGGGCCGACUGCUCGGCGACCUGCGCCGGAGGCUCCCAGAAGCAGGAGAUAGUGUGCAAGCGGCUGGACGAUAACUCGGUGGUGCAGAACAGCUACUGUGACCUGGAGGGGAGGCCCUCGGAGAACCAGAGGGCCUGCAACACAGAGCCCUGCCCCCCCGAGUGGUUCAUCGGGGACUGGUCCGAGUGCGGGAAGACGUGUGACGGGGGCGUGAGGACCAGGACCGUGCUGUGCAUCCGGCGGAUCCAACCCGCCGAGGAGGAGACGGUGGAGGACAGCCACUGCCUCACCCACAGGCCCAUCGAGAGGGAGCCCUGCAACAACCAGUCCUGCCCGCCGCAGUGGGUCACCCUGGACUGGUCCGAGUGCAUUCCUAAAUGUGGGCUGGGCUUAAAGCACCGCAUCGUCCUGUGCAAGAGCAGCGACCAGACCAAGGCCUUCCCGCCCGCACACUGCCCCGGCCACGCCAAGCCCCCCGUCAGGAUCCGCUGCAGCCUGGGCCGCUGCCCACCCCCCAGAUGGAUCCCCGGCGAAUGGGGACAGUGUUCGGCCCAGUGCGGCCUGGGCCAGCAGAUGAGGACCGUCCAGUGUCUGUCCUACACGGGGCAGAUGUCUGCCGACUGCUCCGACUCCCUCCGGCCCACCACCAUGCAGCAGUGUGAGAGCAAGUGUGACGCCGCCACGCCCAUCCUCAUCGGCGACGAAUGCAAGGAUGUCAACAAGGUGGCGUACUGUCCACUGGUGCUGAAGUUUAAGUUCUGCAGCCGGGCCUACUUCAGACAGAUGUGCUGCAAGACCUGUCAAGGGCACUGAGGAGGGACGGACGGACGGACGGAAAAGCCACAGAGGACAAAAACUAAGAUGGAGGACAGGCGGGGGAAAGCAAUGGGAGGAAGACUAAAAGAGCAGACUGGCAUUUAGAGAGGGCGAGAGACAGGGAAAUGUACACUGUGGGGAGAGGGAGAGAGAGUACAGAUUGACCUUUCCCACACCUCCCUGUGCCCUCCAUGUUGGAACCCCAAACCACUGCUCAGCCAGAAUGCUGACACAAACGUUUUUUUUUUUUCAUUUUUUGUAUUCUUAUUUUAUUUUCACUUCUGUGAAGUGUAAUUCGGAAGAUUAAUGUUAGUAUUGUUAUUUUAUUAUAAUAAUAAUUAUCGGUAUAAGUGUUGGUCUUCCAUCGUCUUGUUUUUAUGAAUCCAAAGUGCUGGACACGUCACACGGAGGAUGGCCCUUAGGAACUGUUCUAGAAGAUUCUACCACCUUUACAUCGGACUUCAUCGUUCUCGCCACGGCAGUGUUGCUGUCGGUUACGUCGCCUGAUAAUGUUUUUUCGGUGCACUUUUUCAGUUGUAAUAUUUCAACAAGUUAGAGAAAUACGUAUGUUACAAUUCAAAAUGUUUCUCUCUCACACACACACACACACACACACACACAUACACACACACACAUCAGCGUACUGUAUAUUUAUUAUACAAUUCUAAGUCAUGGUUUUGGUUUUGUUUUUUCAUCAUUGUUUGUGCAUCAUGUACUUGUGUCCUGAAAGUAGCCUACUGUCGGAAACUGUGUGUUUGUGUGUGUGUGUGUGUGUGUGUAAUGCGAUUGCAUUCGUAUUAAAUUUUGUGCUGGAAUGAAUGCACAUGUUACAUACUGUACUUAUUUACAAACCCUUUCACAUACUGUAACUCUUCUUUUUUUACUAAUUGCAAAGGGUUCGUAUACUAUAGAAUAUAACAUUAACCAAGGACCACAAAUCGGUCAAAUAGAUGAUUUCACAAGGGUUUCUCCUCGUUGUCGUUGUGUUGUGUUUGCCGUUGUUAUAAUGCUUUCGUUUUGUUUUCAUCCCACAUAAGGGUGCCUUCUUUCCGGACAGUGUCAUUAACGUGAGUCCAGAGCAGGCUUGGUCAGUUCCUCUGGUUUACCGAGAAGUCCUUGUCACACGGUGCCUAGGCCAUGCCAAACACUGACUGUUACCCACCAAGCCUUUACCAACCAUCCCUGCAGAGGAAGAGUGGGGAGGCAGAGGGAAGAAGGGGAGGAGAGGGCGUUUUUUGAAGGAUAUAUUUUGAAGGACCAUAUUGUUGUUAUUCCACUGCCAACGGCCGGUGCUGUGGUCUGCUUAUUGGCAUUGGAAUUGCAAGGCAGAAAGCCGUACGCACACGUGUUGUGUAGUUGGAAAGUGUCCCAUGGUUGCAACAUUGAAUCGAUUAGGACAUAUAAGCAUUCAACAGCCCGUAAAAAAACAAAGCUUUGUUAUAUGUUCAGGAUUUACAGACACACAGACGCACACGCGCACACAAACCCACACACUCAAGUUCAAGUCGGUUUCCAGACUCCAAGUACCUGUUCCUACUCUUGAUCAUUGAUUCUUCCAGCCUUCUUCUCUUCUGUACCAUCUUCUCUUCCAAGUGAAAAACAAACAGCCAACUGAACGGUGCUUCCUGCUCAUGUGUUCCUACGGAGCGUCGUGUUUACCUUCCCACCUUCCUCUUGAGGGCAUCCAGCCGUCUCAUGGUCUUCUAAUGGUCGUCUCAUAGUCUUCUGGUGCUAUUCCAUAGAGCAAACAAUGAGACGGACGACAUCAUUUCCUAAUGUUUUUUCUGUUAUGGUUUCAAUGCUGGUCAUGUUAUUGUUUUGUAAAAUUCUUUCUCAUAUAUAUUUUUUAACUCACACUGGGAAUUUUCCAUGUGUCAAUUUUAUUGGUCGGUUUUAUUUUGGGGGUGCUAACGAUACGAGGACUUUGGCCCAAGUUUG